UGCAAGAGGUGGGAGGUGUCUAAUCUCAUAUAGCCCAGCCAACAUUUGGACGAAACAGGCAGACGGACUCAGAAGUCUUUGGUCGACGAGAGACACACAGCACACUACACAACCAUGCCAGGAUGCAAGGGAGGAGGAGCCAAAGGAGGAGACGUCAUGGCCGGCGACCCCUCUGAGCUGGAAUGGGCCAUCCAGACGCUGUCGAAGAACUACGAUAAGUACGCCGGCAAAGGGUGCUGUUGCAGCAAGAAGCGCGGGAUCAGCCAGGCUGGCUUCCGGAAGAUGCUCACCCAUGAGCUCAACCACAUGUUGACGGACACCAAAAACAAGCAAGCGGCCAACAAACUGAUCUGUGACCUGGAUGAGAAUCAGGACGGACUCAUCAGCUUCCACGAGUACUGGAACCUGAUUGGUGGCAUCGCCAGCCCAAUCUCCUGCCUGAUCCGACAGCAGGAGGAGAGCGUGAAGUUCACCAAGUAGAGAGAGCCCCCAGGAGAGCAAGAGAGAACGCCAGCUGCUCGCACCACCCCGAGCCCCUUCUAUCUCUCCCCCCACAUUCCGACUCCCGGCCUUAACCUUGCCGUCAUUCCAGAUCCCCCUGUUGGCUGGGCUGCACAUCACACGGCCCAUCGGCAUUUGGGCCUGAAAGCUGAACUCUACAACUCGUUUUGAAAUUAUCCGUCCACUUAUUGAAUUCUUUUCGACACCUGCAAUUGGGGUAUCGUGUCUGGGAGGGUGACGGGUGGUUGUGGGGAGGGGGUGGCCAUGUUCCAUGGGGAUCAUCCAGCCAGCUGUGUCAGACUGUGAAGAGUGUUGCAAUAAAGCCUUGAUUCGGA